AUGCCCGAGCCCAUCAAACUACGCAUCGGCUACGUUCCCGAGCAUUUCUCUUCUCCCUUACUCCAGCUAGGUCGUUCAUCAUGGGGACUUGCUCACCUAGAACUCGUCUCACAACCCAGCGGCACAGGUCAAAUGCUCUCCUCCCUCUCAUCUGAUCAAGCCAUACAGCAAGAACAGAAAAUAGACGUGGCUGUUGCGCUUACCGAAAGUCUCAUUGCUGCACUUGCCAAAGGAAGAGAGGAUUUCAAACUUGUGGGGAGUUACGUCAAGAGCAGCUUGAACUGGUGAGUCUGGCGCUCCAGAGCGGGUUGCAGCGAGGCAGUAGAGAGCGCGGAAAGUAGGGAUGGGAGCUGUCAUUCUGAUUGCUGGGUGCUGUGCUCGCUGCAUGGAGCGCACGCAAAGUUGAGAGCGAAUCAUCACUCCGACUCAUUACAGGGCUGUCAUUACGGGUACAUCGCCACAUGCCGAGCGAUACCAGAGCAUUGAGGAUCUCAAGGGAGAGAAGAUUGGCAUCAGCAGAGUGGGCAGCGGUAGCAUGGUCAUGGCCAGCGUCAUGGCCCUGCUGCAGUGAGUGAUGCUGAGCUCUCCCACACGACAGCGAAUCUAGCCACUAAUCAGCACCACCCCUUUCAUCCUGCACCACUCGCAGAGGAUGGACAGACGAGAAUGGCAAAGCGUCAGAGGUGCAGUUCAAAGGUAAGAGUGAAGCUAGAAGAAGGAAUUUGGGCUUGUAUGCUGUCGAAAUACAGGGCAGCUGCUGAAUUGUCACGAUAUCACGCGCAACUUCUGCCCUUGGUGCAGUGCAAGAUACGUUCGAAAACUUGCGCAGAGGCGUCAACUUCCCCCCCAAGCAAACUUCAGGUCCAUCGGAGUCAUCGCAGUCAGUCUCUUGUCCUCGAUGCGCAUGCCAAAAGCAAGCCUAGCAGAGCGCCAGAGAUGUGAAUCUCCUCACACUUGCAUCGUCUUCUUCGCCUACAGCGCACCUGUCUCCACCGCAAGUGGACAAAUCAGUGCCAAAGAUUUCGCAGAUUCUGCCGAAUCGUACGUGUCCAAAUACUCGGACGGCCCUUCUCAGCCUUCGCUAGGAGCACACGUCUUCUCGGAAGGAUGGAAGUAUAGUGCUGCGCCUGUUCCUCUACUUGAACGCUCUUUCGAUCUGCUUGCCGAUCCAGCUAGCCAGAAUGAGGGGGCUCGCAGGACGGUGUUGCGCGUGCAGCAGGUCAUUGCUAGGAGCUCUACUUGGGGCACACCGGUUCUUUAUUUCAGAGCGAGCACAGCGGGUAAGCUCAUCUCUUAUUCGGUCGAAUUGACGCUCGCUUUCUGACAUGUAUUGCACCGCUUUCUUGAUGUCGCGCGACCACAGAAGGAACAUUGUUGACUCUAUCGGAAAUCGAGAGCUCCUCUUUGCUCAUUCGAAAUACUGGCGAGAAGAGCAAUACCACUCUGCCAAUCCACACCACUUCCGCACCGACAGACUUGGACGCAGAUGCUGGGACUGCACCUUCAGAGUGGGCGUCGCUGUCGCUAGGCAACCAUCCAGUGACGGACGAAACAUGGAUCAUGCUUCAUCCUUGUCAAACAGCUCCUUGGAUCUCCCUUUUGCGAUCCAACGACUCCUCGUCACAACGUUCCAGCAGCUCGAGCGGCGUGCAGUACAUCGAAGCCUUUAUGAACCUAUGCGCUUCGGCCGUGCAGAUGAGGUCUGAUCAGAGCAGACCUGGUACUGAGCGGGGCCCAUCGCAUCGUUCUGGGCAUGGCCAAUCGGCGGAGAAACCGGAAACGGCUGCUUUCAUGUGGGAAUGGUUCACCACGAAACCUUUCGUGGACUCUGGAGAGGUGAGUGAGAGCGCCGCUGGAAGUCAGGAUGAAGAGAGAUGGGUGCACGGAGGCUACUGACAGGCACGACUCUGCUGAUACUGCAUACUGCGCACUUGAUGCUACAGGUGCGCUUCAUCGGAAACGUACCGACUCCCUGGCCCAGCUGGAGCAUAGCCGCAUCCGUACCCACCGUUCUCUCCAACGCUUCAUCGUCUCCCUCCUCCGACUCUUCAACAAGUCGCACCAAGCUGCACAUCCUCAGCGACUUUCUCCAUCGUCUACAAGCUCAGAUCAUUCAAUUCACGUCGGACGAAGACGAAGCAUUGCGAUUCGUGCAGAACGAAAUGGGCUACGAAGCAUCGGAUGUGAAGUUGUGGUACGAGCGUGUACGCUGGGUAGGAGAUUCGCGUUCUUCGCUCGAAGAACAACAUUCUGUUCCUUCGUCCAGCGUUGCUGCAAGCCAGACGCACAAGGAGGAUGUGAAGACGAAGACGAAGCAGACGGGACAAGAUACGUCUACCAGCACAGUCUCCAAAGAGACGCUCUUGAGCACCCUACAAACCCUCCUUCGAGCCGGCGCUAUCCCGGCGCCCAGCUGCUCAGACGCAGACAAUACGAACGACGCAGCCGCGUGGAAUGUCAAAAGCUUCGUCUGGGCUUUACCCAGCCAGGAUGUCCAGUCUGGGUUGGUCGAUUGA